UAACUUGUUUAACAGUGAUUGUUUUUCUCCAUAACCUUGUGAGUUACUUUCUGAACUCAUGUGAACUUUUCCUCCAUGAAAGCACAUGCAAAGGAGUUUCAGAAGGUGCAUUGUGUGAAUAACUACUUCCUUCUGCUGGAACCUGUUCUUGAACUUUCUUUUAAUUUUUUUAUUAGUGAGUAGUGUGAAGUCAUGGCUAUCCUGUUCGCUGUUGUGGCGAGGGGCACAACCAUCCUUGCCAAACAUGCCUGGUGUGGAGGAAACUUCCUGGAGGUGACAGAGCAGAUCCUGGCAAAAAUACCAUCUGAAAACAACAAACUGACCUAUUCACAUGGGAAUUAUCUGUUUCAUUACAUCUGCCAAGACAGGAUUAUAUACCUCUGCAUCACAGAUGAUGACUUUGAACGAUCCAGAGCCUUCAACUUCCUGAAUGAAAUCAAGAAGAGGUUUCAGACCACAUAUGGCUCAAGAGCACAGACAGCCCUUCCCUAUGCAAUGAACAGCGAGUUCUCAAGUGUCUUAGCUGCACAGCUGAAAUACCACUCGGAGAGUAAGGGCACUGACCAGGUGGCAGAGACGCAAGCUCAAAUCGAUGAACUUAAAGGAAUCAUGGUUCGAAACAUAGACCUUGUGGCACAAAGAGGAGAGAAGCUGGAGUUGCUGAUCGAUAAAACAGAGAAUCUUGUGGAUUCGUCAGUCACUUUCAAAACUACCAGCAGGAACCUUGCUAGAGCCAUGUGUAUGAAGAACCUCAAGCUUACCAUCGUCAUCAUCAUUGUAUCAAUUGUUAUCAUCUAUAUCAUUCUCUCGGCUGCCUGUGGUGGGCUUGCAUGGCCAAGCUGUGUGCAGAAGUAACUGGAGGCAGCUGGUGCUGGUCACUUGGAGAUGAGAAUCACAGGAGUGUGAAGAAGCAACCUACAGAUAACUCUUAAUCUUUCACUACUGACACCUUCUCAUUCUUCCAUCCCUCCAGGACUUCAGACUUUUUUGCCUUAUCACCCCAAACAGGCCCAGCUGGUCACUGCUCUGCAGCUGGACCCUCAAGAAUGGCCUGGUUUAAAUUACUUGAAGGGAUGUUUUUUGUUUAUUUUUCUGUCCCAACUACAGCCUUCUUAGCUGGGUGGGCAGUACGUCCAGCUCUGGAGGGUUAUGUGCAUGCUCGCCCGUGUGUCCGUGUAGCUUUGCACUUCCAUGUGAGCGUGCGGGUGAACAGUACUGCUAGCAGCUGUCCUACCCUGUGGGUGGUGGCAGAGGGUCGUUCAGGGUGGACUGAGCCAAAUAAUGGUGGAGGUACAAGAUCAGUGUAUGUGAAUUUCCACUAUCUACAAAUAUUGGAGAUCCAGGUGCCUCUCCCUGCAUGUCUGGCCUCGAGUAGUGUUUCAAUACAUAGAGGUUGCAAGUGUAAUAGUGGUAGCACCAAAAAGAAUGGCUUUUGGGCUGGGGCUCUGUGUGAUGGAGGUGCUGUUUCUGGAUGAAAUCUCCCUGUUCCUGGAGGUCUUUCUGCAGGUGGUAGGAGGGUGUUGGGUCACGUCAGCAUUUUGAAAUGGCUGCCUCUUCAUCCUCACUUCUUCCUCAUCUCCCCCCGCCUUAAUUUGUGGCUAAAUCAAUACAGUAAAGGAGAUGGUUGUGUAUAGUUAAGGUUGCAGUAAUGUAUCUGCUUUCUCAUGUUAUUUCUCCUCUUCUUCUUUUGAGGGUGGACUAAAAUGAAUACUAAUGUUAUCACUUUGCUAAGGUGACAUUGGGGGCCAAUCUGUUGAUCUGGCUUGAUAAGGUGUCAGGUAGCUGCUGCUUGUGCCUCUACUCAGAAGGUGUAUGCUAAAAACUGAGGACAGAAGGGACAGAAGGUUGGAGCUGAGGGAUGGUUAAUUUCUCUAUUGUCUGAAGAAAGGUUCUUUCAGAGGGUGUAGUAAUGUUUACUCCUCUGAAAAGAAAAAAAUCAAACCCCAAACCAAACCCAAGGCUAAUAACCAAAUGUAGGAUCAGAUGUGCCAAUGACAUGUGGCUAUUGGAGGACGGGCUCCUUGGCCUACUCCUGGAAGCAGUGACUGCUGUAUUUCUGUCCUAGGUGGACAUCAGCCAUCAGGCCAGUCCUGGUGGGCAGGAGCCAAAGCUGCUGUUGCGAGGGGUGUAGGGACUUCUGUCUUGCAUCUCACAGGCUUUGUCCAAGAGAAGGAACAGAAAAACUGAAAGCUCAUAAAAGCCUCAGAUGCUCUGCAAAGGAAGCUGCAUCUCCUUGGCCCAGGGAAGUGGCUUCUGAUGGUGGAAGCUGCCAAGGUAGGGGAGGCUUCAAUGGUGACUUGACUGGAGCAUGGGGCUGGUGCCAUGGGCUCACUUGUGCCCUGCAGCAUGGGCUUGCCCCAGGCUAUGAUGCAAAGCUGCUGCUCCUUCACAUGCUUUUUUUUCUUGGUGUGUUAUGCUGACCUUGGAGCUUUCCAGCAGCUGCCAGAUAAAGAGUUCUUCCACAAACUCAGAUGCUUAUUUGGAUUUGUCUUCUACUAGGCUGAAAUUUAACUAAGAGUAACCAGAUCGUGAUAUCCAGAAGUGUCAGUGGUUCUGCUCAGCACUGUGGGCACUGGCCUCUGUUAUCCUUUGUGUUAAUUGAAAGCUUAGAGAAAGACGUCCUUCCUCUUACCUCCUCCUCCUCCUGCCAUCCCCAGUUCAGUGUACAGUUGUGCAUGUUUUAGGCAUUGUUGAUGUUACUGUGUUCAUUUCUAUGAUUUGUCUUAUGUACAAAUACUUUUUAAAGAAAAUACUUCCUUUCCUUUUAAAGGAUGCACUGAGGCAUUAGUGUAAAAACAAAGGUAACUUGAUUUAAAUAAAAUUACUGUACAGAAAGAUUUCUUUUAGUUCUGUGAAAAGUGGGUCUAGCACUAGAUAUAGUUUAGGGAAAAAACAGUGUGUAGCUGGGUCUGUGGGUCACCCUGUGUAACACUGUGCUCCAGGCUUGGUGUCACCCUUCAUGGCUGCUUGGAGAGGUCAUGGGUGGAAGUCCUGCUGUGGAAUCAUUUCCAUAAUGGCUGUGUAAAACCUCUCAGCUUUGGGAGGCUUUUGACUUUGUUUCUUGUGUCAUGACUUGACAGGAGCCUGUUUCUGGUGGUGGAAAGAAUCUGCUUCUCCCUGGUGUGAACUUGGUGUCUAUGAGUGCCUGGGACAAAGGGAUGCUGAGGGACACGGUGUGGGUGGGGAGGAUAUGAAAGGAGGAUUGAGGACACAGGCAGGGGAGGAUGUUACUACUGGGAGCCUUAAGGAAAGUCUAUGGAAAAACUUUUAAAGACACUUUUCAGUGAUCUAAAAUCCCUGUCUUGAGGGAAAUCCCCAGUGCUGGAUGCCUUUCCUCUUUGCUAGUUCUAACUGGGAAGAACCUGCUUUGCUAGAAGAGGUUAUUGCACAGACUGAUUCACUGCUCCCUGUCUUGCACUGGAGUCUCGCUGUAAAAACACUGUAGCCUUUCAUCUACCUCAGGAAUGUUAAAUGCUGAUGUUGUAUUAGGUUUUUGAAGCAGGCUGAUGCAUCACUAUGAGGGAAUUGGAUUUCCUCUUAAACUUGCAGAAACUGAGUUCAGUUGAUUGUUAUCUUGGUUUGAGGCAAAGCUGCAUUCUAAUGAUAUCUGCUAGGGCUCAGGAUGAUGUAGAAUAUAAGAAUCUGAUGGAAGAUCACUUGGUGUGAGAACAGCUUAGAGAAAUGAAAGGAUAAAAGUUAAUUUAACAUCUCAUUAGUAUGAUAGUUCUUGCAGAGCUGGGUUUUGUGAUUAAUGUUCCUGAUCUAUGGCCCAAAAGCAAACAGGUGGCCCUCUCCCCAAGGGGGACAGCCAUCUUCAAGUGCUUGUCCCUCUCAGAUUGGUAUUUGAAAUGCCCAGGAAUUCAAGCAGAAGCUAACAUUGGAAGAAGGCCCUGGUUAACCUUGUUGCUUACUUUAAAGUCUCUGUGUAUCCAGAUCUGUAUUGCUGUAGACAUCCCUUCUCCAGUUCUUCAUAGAAACAGGAUCACAUGCCUGAUAAGCUUUAACUGGAAUACAACCUUGAACUAUUUAAACAUUUUACUUUUCCAGACAGUUUUUGUUCUUUACAUAGCAUUAAAUAUCUGUUAGGCAUCCACUAAAUAGUAGCAGCUGUCUCAACUUAGGAGGCUGCAGAGAAAUGCACUGCCUGGAAAAUGUACCUCUGGAAUAUAGACCAUAUAAAGACAAAACUCUUAGAGAAUAAACUCAAAUAGAGAAAUCAAACUGAAGUGGAGCUGGUCUUUCCUCCUUCUGUACAUAGGGAAGGUAAAUAAGUUCAAUGGGACUAGGUUCCAGCUUUUCCACAGGCAGAAAUAUUUGCCAAGAACCUUCUCCAUAAAG